AUGAAGCCUGGGAAGCUUUUCCUCCUGGUCAUCUUCUGUCUGAUUCAAUCACCAAGUGUUAGAAGUGAUCGCCACCACCGCAGUGACUCCAGUAGUGAAGAGGUAAGACUGAAAUUUCACCAGUAUAGCAGCAGUGAGUCGAGCAGUCAUGAGGGUUUUUUGUCUUUUUGGCAGCUCUGGCCUUUGCUGUGGCCAUCUCUCAUUCUCCCAACAACUACGACUACGACUGCUACUACGGCUCCGACCACCACCCCUGCACAGACGACAACAACGGGGCGUGGAGACAGUGGAUAG